GUCAACACCCAACACAUGCUUUACCACGCACACGUUUGACCACGGACUCUCGGCUGGCCGUCUCCAGUCCCCCACUCCGCAGCUCCGUUCACACCUCGCCGCGGGAACGGGAGUCCUGGUGGUGUUUUUUAUUCUGCUAAGUGGCCCGGCCCGGUCGUCUUUGCUGCCUCUUGCGAAGCGAGUGCGCCGUAACUUCCAAGAACCGGGGGGUGCGCGGGGGGCCGGAGCCCGGAGGUAGCAAGCAACGAGAGGAAGGAGACGACGACGCGGCCUCGGCUCGGAGGAGACGACGGCGAGGAAGCGUCCAGGGGACCCCGUACGAAAGACUUGCAGCUGCGGGUGUCUUCUGCUAUCACGAUCUGAAGUGCUGAACUUGGUUGGAAGAUACUCUUCUUAAGCCUGGAACUGUCGUUUCCGAUGGUCUGGCACUUUCUUUCCUGAUGGCAAGCACAGAAGGUUUCCGCCUCGUGAGAUGCCCAAAGUGUCUGAACAUUCUCCCAGAACCACCUAACGUCACAGUCUACAAGUGCGGUGGAUGCGGCACCACCCUUCGAGCUAAAACCCGUGCCAGCGGUGGCCAACAAGUGGCCGCGACCGCGAAACAAGGUCGCCAGGACUCCGACAGUUAUUCGGUCGCUACCGCCGUGAGCAGUGGGGUGCCUCGUCAGAACAGAGACCAGGGCUCCAUUGGUGCCGUCACGGAGAGUUCCUUCGACGCUGAUGUCGCGAGCGCCGAGCAUGGCAGCAACGGAGCAAGGAGCGGUGAAAAUGGUGGUGGUAUGCUGGCUGGCCAGAAUGUCCAUUUCGAAGGCCAGGAUAAUAAUACCAGUUCAAGGAUGGAAGGUCCUGCUGGCCAGACACGCCUGAACGCAAAUGCCACGUAUUUAGACUCUGGUGGAACAGAAAACCACACCGUGCAACAAACUGCAGAGAAAUGCCGAGUGAGUGGACAUGUCGAUGAUACAGAAUGCCACUUGAACACCUCUGAGGACGAAAUGUUUCCUUCCGAGACAAGCAAAGCAGCCGUCGGUAUGCAGGAUCCUGGGCAGAAGAAGGAAGCGGGCGGAACCGAGCAUGCAGCGAACAAGAAGAGCCAUCUUGUGAGGGCACUGUCUCGGUCGUGUGAUCUUGGAUCAUCGAUGAACUUGACCGAUUUCCACUCUGCUCGGGCUUCGCUCCAGUCCAAAAGCUUCAGGGCCAGCGCGCCCCUCCAGUCGAAGAUCAUGAGCACGGUGGAUGAGCUGAAGGGCGACCUCUCUGAGAUGUUCAGCAAACCUGCGGACUGCAAGCCAAGGCCACACCCACACCCUCCACGCCCUUCCAAACGAGAUGGCGGCCGCACGGCUCGUGCGGCCGUCACGUCCAGCGCACCACUCGCGGCGUAUCGUCCUCCCGCCGAGCAUUCCGGCUAUGUGUCUCGCUCUCGCCUCAGCAGGUCUGCCCAGGUUCUUCCUCCUCCUCGUCGUGGGCUGCCGUCACUGAGGUAUCGCCGGCACAGGGUUUAUCCGUGCCAUCACAGUGUGCAGAUGGAAGUGAGAUCUUCUUGCCGUCACGAGUGCUGCUACAACAGCUGCCAGCCACCCUGCUGCAGGUCCUGCGAGCAAGAACCUUCAGCGAUGCACAGGGCACCGGUCGAGCAGGUUAAGCGUCGUCCUCCGCCCAGAAACCACUGCCUGCCCGUCCUAAGCGGCGCUCCGUUCGUCAUCUGCUCCAGCUGCGUCAGCCUGGUCCAGCUGCCCGCCGACUUCGCCGUGCCGAGCAGAGGAGCACGCCGGCUGCGGUGCGGCGCCUGCUCCGAGCUCCUUUCCUACUCGUACAGGGACCCCGCCGGGAGGAAGAAGCCGCGGUCGCCAUUCGAGGGCGAUGAGUGCAGCACUGACGGGUACGACGAGAUCCGCCACCAGGCUGCCGGCGCCGGCUUCGAGCGGGCAGGUCCGGCCGUGUCCUACUCCGAAGAGUACGGGCUCUCGUUCGGCAUCGGCCACUCGACCAGCAGCAGCACCGAGGACGGGCAGCCGCUGUACGUGUCGAGGAACUCUUCCUUCAACACCGCCGACGACGGAAGGAUGGGCAGAGACGGCAAGCUUCACCGGCUGAUGGGAUACUCGUCGGCGAGCGAGCUGCUGCGGCACUCGCCCGACCUAUUCGAGAGCUUCGACAGGCGCGCGCCCAGCGCGAGAGCGCACGUCGACGGCAAGGGCAAAGGCGUCUGCGUGGCAGGAAACGACGCGGCGGGCGCGCGAGACGGUGCGGCGAAGAGGUCCAAGGCGAGGAGCGGUGGCUUGCCGCUCCAUGGGAUCCUGAAGAAAGGGAUCCAUGGCCUGGAAUCGCUCAAGCUCAGGUCGUAGCUGAUGAUCCUCGUUUGGCGGGGCUCUGGCGAUCGGGUUUAGGAGAAGGUAGCAGUAGCAUACACGACAUGUCUUUAGAGGCAGUGUGUAGUGAUUUGAUUAUUGGCGGCCUGAUGUGUGCUUACUGCUUAGUAGCUAGCUUGUGUGUGUGAGUUGUUUGCAAUUCAUCUGUGUGUGUGGAGUUGGUUGGUUGGUUCGCAAACUUGUGCUCUUCGGUUCGAUGUGUGUAAGUGUAAGAUUUGAACGC